CUGUUACCUCACGUCCGCUUUCAGUUUCAUUAGCUACUAGCUUAGCUGGCUAACAGUGACCACACAGCUCUUCUGACCUCUCUGUGCUUCUGCUAAGUGAACUGAAAAAGAGAAGUCUGUCCGUGUGCUCCUGCUUCGAGUUAUGUUUUUGAGAGAGUGCCACAGUGAAGAACCUUAAACAGUUUAGUGCGAGUCAUGUCCUCGCUGGGCCUCCAGAGACUGAGGUGUCCUCUGUUUAAACCACUCAUUCUCCAUAAGUCUUACACCUGCCUGGUCCUGCAGGGGAGGACCGGAUUCACGCGUUCAGAGCUGCCAAGCAGGGCAGGCUGCCGGCUGCUCAAUCUUACCUUUAUAUGCAGAACACCACGAUUAUCCACUGUAAGAACACUGUCUGCAGUACCUCCUCCUCCCUCAUCUGAUGGGAACAAAUCUACGGACAAGAACACUGGUCCAGUGACAUGGAAAUCUCUCGCCAUCACAUUUGCCUUUGGUGGGGCUCUUCUUCUGGGGAUGAAAUACUUGAAAAAGGAGAAAGAAGAAAUGCUUGAGAAAGAGAGGACAAAGUCUUUGGGUAAACCAGCUCUUGGAGGCCCAUUCUCACUUGUCGAUCACAACAAACAGCCUUUGAAAAGCGAAGAUUUCUUUGGCCAAUGGGUUCUGAUCUAUUUUGGCUUUACGCAUUGUCCAGACAUCUGUCCUGAUGAAUUGGAGAAAAUGAUUGCAGUCGUCGAUGAAAUUGAUAGGAUAAACACACUCCCAGAUCUAACACCGAUUUUGAUCACAAUCGAUCCAGAAAGGGAUACACCGGAGGCUUUAGCAGCAUAUGUCAAAGAGUUCUCCCCCAAGCUGAUAGGCUUGACAGGAGCAACAGAACAAAUUGAACGGGUCUCCAGAGCCUACAGAGUUUACUACAGCCAGGGUCCAAAAGAUGAAGACAACGACUACAUUGUUGAUCACACCAUCAUUAUGUACUUGGUGGGUCCUGAUGGCAAGUUCGUGGACUAUUACGGACAGAACAAGAAAGCAGCUGAAAUCUCCUCCUCCAUUGCAUCACACAUGAGGAAGCACAGGCAGACUAAGUAAUAUUCUAUGACACUGGAUCUUAACUGAAAGGAUGAGAAGUGCUCAAAGCACAUUCCUUCAGUACCUCUCUCUCACACCUUCCAACAGAAUGUUCUGGACUCUGGACUUAUAUAAACAAAAUAAAAUAAAAUGAAGGCUUUUAAGUGUUGGA